CCUUUUCGGAGAGAGAGAAUAAAGAGACAACGAGAAAUCCACGAACAUAAAUAAACUUUAAGAUAAAGGAGGAAUCCCCUAAUUUAUUUGAUUUGAUUUUGAUUUUGAUUUUAUUGGAUAUAUGAUGAAGAAGAUUAAACAACAACAACAACAUUUGGUGAUGGUAGGGUGAAGCUUUAGAGAUCAGAUCAGUUUUAUGCUGCUGCUGAUCAUCAUCACUCUUCCAAUAUUACAUUUCUAUUUCUGUCCAGGGAACUCACUGCUGCCUUUACAAUCCACAAAGUCUUGUCACUCUAAGAUUGUUAUGGGAAAUUCUUGUGCUAGCAAGUCUCGUGAUGACGACGAGGAUUCUUACCAUCAUAAGGUAAACUUUGCUAGUGGGAAUGUGCAUCUUAUAACUACCCAAGAACGCUGGGAAGAGAAAUUGGCUGAAGCAAAAAGGGAUAGCAAGAUUAUUGUUGCAAACUUUAGUGCGUCGUGGUGUGGUCCGUGUAGAAUGCUUGCUCCUCUCUUUGGCGAGCUGUCUGAGAAAUAUCCUACUCUUAUGUUCCUCACCGUAGAUGUUGAUGAUUUACCUGAGCUUAGUUCUUCAUUGGAUAUCCGAGCUACUCCGACUUUCUUUUUUCUCAAAGAUGGGCAGCAGAUCGAUAAGCUUGUUGGAGCUAACAAACUAGAGCUUCUAAAGAAGAUUCCAGCUGCUGCUGAUUCUGCAAAAGAAAGCUGAUAAUUUCUUUUUCUUGUGUGGCAUGCUUGCUUUCUGCCCGGAAACAUAGAGAUAGGGGAGGUAAUAAAGUUACUAGUGUAUGGUUGGUGGAUGGCCUUUAGCUGCUGCGAUGAAUGUGAGUGGCCAUAUCUUUAGCGUUUUUUUAGAAAUGUAAAACGCACUACUAGAACCAAGUUUUUGCACGUUUGUAAUGUCCCACUCAGAUGUACAGGUAAAAAAUUAUCUAACGAAAAUCUUCAGUUUCCAUAUCAGUGUAAA